AUGGGUACCAUGGGUACCAGCACCCGGGUGAGGACACUAUUCGUCAGCGGGCUGCCUCUGGACAUCAAGCCCCGGGAACUUUACCUGCUCUUCAGGCCCUUUAAGGGGUACGAGGGGUCUCUCAUCAAACUCACCUCCAAGCAGCCCGUGGGCUUCGUCAGCUUCGACAGCCGCUCCGAGGCGGAGGCGGCGAAGAACGCCCUGAACGGCAUCCGCUUCGACCCCGAGAUCCCCCAGACGCUGCGGCUGGAGUUUGCCAAGGCGAACACCAAGAUGGCCAAGAGCAAGCUGGUGGGCACCCCCAACCCCAGCACGCCUCUCCCCACCGCCGUCCCUCAGUUCAUCGCCCGGGAGCCCUGUAAGUACUGGCUGUGGCUGGGGGGGCUGCCCAGGAGCAGCCAAGGUGGGUGGCCAUCACUCCUCUCACCCCCCGCGCCCCUCUUCUCUUUGCAGAUGCGCUGGCUCCCUCCCUCCGAGGCUGGUUCUCAGGGCUGGAAGUCCCGUCAGUUCUGCUGAAUGCCGGGUCUCAGGUGUGUGAUGGUGGCCUACAGUCAGUCUUGUGGGUAUUAACGGAGUCUUCCAAGGCGGCUACUGG